AAGAGGUAGUCUACAUAAUUAUAUAUUUAGACUAGUACCUAUACCUACAAGAAGCUAAAAAGACGUAGACACAGUGGUGAAGCAGUCCUACACUCCUAGUGCAGCUAGCAAUGUCUGACUACUACGCAGACAGUUUUGAUGACAGUUUCGAGAGCGGAUCAGAGUCUGAAAGUGGUGUACUUGAUGCAGAGGAGACCACUGAUGGGGUCACUAGCCAAGCACUGUCUAGUAGUACUAGGGAUGAUGAGCCAUUGAGCAGCAGAAGUGAUACUCUACUGCAUGUGCCAGGAGGCUUUGAGAUACAUCGUGUCAGGGAGCUAUCUCUGGUGCCUACCAAAGGGACGUUGUCGGACCCUGACGAAGCACGCACAAGCACUCUUCAAGAUGAGGCCAGCCCAAAGCCAAAGAAGAAGUUUAAGCACGCCUUCAAAAAGCCAAACAUUGUCCAAUUCAAACAGAAAAUCAAGAACAAACUACGAAAAGAUGCACCUGUGUUUGGUGUUUCCUUGGAGACGGCAGUGGGGCGGAGUCAGGUGGCGGGGGAUGGCAUUCAGCUGCCCACCGUGUUUAGAGAAUGUAUCGACUAUUUGGAGCAAAAUGCGGAUCAUGAGGGACUGUAUCGUCUGCCGGGGGUCAAGAGUAAGAUCGAGGAUGCUAAGAGCCGCUAUGAUAAAGGUGAAGUGUUGGACCUGACUGAGCAUGAUGUGAACACAGUGGCCAGUCUCUUCAAGCAGUACCUCAGAGACCUGCCAGAGCCCCUCAUUCCCCACAGGCUGGCUCCCAGGGUUGAUUCUCUCACUAUGCUGCCCCCUGGUGAUCAGUACAAAGCUCUAGAGGAGCUCAUGGAAGAGGUGCCCCCGCUAGAGAAGCUUAUGCUCAGCUGGCUAAUCACACACAUGGGCCAUAUCAUCGAUAAGUCCUCGGUGAACAAGAUGACGCUCCCCAACAUCGUGAUUGUGUUCAGCCCCACCCUCCAGAUAUCAGCACCUGCCCUGCACGCACUCUAUAACAACCGACAAGAGCUCUUCGGAGAUUUAGAGCUCAAAAAAUACAUGAAGCCUGACAAGAGGGACAGUGGUCGACUCAAGGUUGAGAAUCACCUCAGUCAUGUGGCCAGUCUGAAAACUGAAGAGGAAGUGAGUACUGAGCUGCAGAGGUUGACCGGUAUCCUUGACAAUGUCCACAGCAGGAUGACCAACAGAUACAAUAAGAAAGAUGACUACCUCUGGGAACUGCAGAGAGCCAUCACUAUACUUCGGAGAAAGAAAAAGGCGUUACAAGCAAAAUCAGCAGCUGCCCCCAAGAAACCUAUGAUGCCACCACCAUCGGCCCAACUGGCCCCUACUAACGGGGAAAGUGAAUUUGUAAAGACACUGAUGCUGAUGGAGGCCACACUGGUGGCAGAAAGUGAGGAGCUGUAUUCAAAGAAAGACGAGCUGAAAACUGCCCUGAAACGCGAGGCCGACCUUAUCGACAGCUACAAGCGUCGUUUACGAAAUCGACAGUCUCAUAUCGUAGAGGUCGCCUGCUCAGACGAGGACAGUGGUGAUGAAACAGACUUGGCCAGGCAAGUGGCUGCUCUGAAGUGGCACAACAAAGAGUUAGAUCUGCGUAACAAAAAUCUAAUUGAUGGCAUACAAGAGGAGGGGAAAGCAAUUAUGGACCUCAAUGUUAAACUAAAAAUCAUUCCAAUCAGACGACAACUCAACUUAGAUGAAACUGUGUCUUAUUGAUUGUAAUUAUGUGUUUGUCAUGUUUUAAUACAUGUUUUAUACUCGCAACUAUUCUCAUGCUCAAUGUUAAUUGUCAGCUUUGCAUAAUAUAAUCAUGAAGCAAUAAUACAUGUUGUAUAAA